UGAGGUUUGGACGAUGAGCCAAGAGGCGCGCGGUAUCACUUAAAGUCACGUUUUCGAAUUUUAUUCAAGUCCCACGUUGAUUUUCUCCCAGUUGUGCCUUCACUCCCUCAUUUAUAAUCAAAAACUACCCUUUUCCUCAUCAGACUCUUCAAGACCUUUGAGAUAUCCAAUUUGGUAUCAAACCGAUAUCGUCAAAUCAAAUAAUUUAAAGCACCGGAGCGUAGGAGACGUGUUCUGAGCGGCGACGAUCGGAAAACCAAGCAAUUUCGAGCGGAGUGAGCAACCACUUUCUUCCCUUUCCUUCCUUCCAUCUGUCUCCUCUACUGGAGCCUAUUAUCUGUCUGCUUCACAAAUUACCGGCUCGAUCAAACGCUCAACAUGGCUCCCGUUCUGCAGGUCCGUGACUAUUCGCUCGCUCAUAGAGAACAAAUUUCUGUGAGCGCUGGGCAAAAUUCUUGUCCUCAAUGGCAAGCGAUCAAGCCAAGAAUGCUGGUGCUGUGGCCCAGGAGCAUCACAUGCCACCAUACCAAGCAUACGGUGCCUACUCGCCUCCUUUCCCGGUCUACUAUGAUCCAAGCCAUCCUGAACCAAACGGCGCGCCACACCCAGCACCCCCGUACAUCUAUCAUCACCCGCCUCCAGGGAUGAUGUACCCUUAUCCUCCUCCUGGAUUUCCGCCUUAUGCACCUCCUCCCCAAACUAACUUUCAGCGUGUUAAACGUAAGCAGGUCAAGAUGGCGUGUACUAACUGCGCGAAUGCCUGCAAGCGUUGUGACGAGCAUCGUCCAUGUGAACGAUGCGUCAAAUAUGGUAUCCCAGAAACGUGCGUUGAUGGUGUGCGGAAGGAGCGACAGAAGGGAAUAAAGCGGGGACCCUACAAGCGCAAAAACAAGUCCGGCGGCAGUGAUACUGCUACCUCACCUACUCAUAAUGCCACUUUCGAGACUUUCUCAUCCACCCCAACCGAAGCAAACGGAGACUCGGCCUGGCACCCGCCGAACGGUGUAGCCCAAGGUUCCGCGACCGCAACUCCUGCACCGGCCUCAAUGCCAUCCUUUCCUCCUCCUCCACCAGAGGGGGGAUAUUAUCCUCCCCCAUAUUUCUAUCCUCCCCCUCCUGGUUUUGUACCUCCCCCUGAGGGUCAGGCGCCCGUGGAAGGGUCCCCAAAUUCUGGUGCACCUCCUCCGAUGAUGCCUUACUAUAUGCCUCCUCCUGGAUACUAUGGACCGCCGUAUUACGGCCCUCCUGGCGUGCCGCCGCCCACUAUGGAUCCAGCUCAGGCAGAACUUCAAAGAACAUCUGGCCCGCCUGUAGAUCAUGAUCCUGAAGUUGAAGAAAUCCCACCGCCUGCUCCCAAGACAAAUUCGAAGAAGAGGUCAAGAGUGGGAAAAGAUGGGCAGCCGAAGGCGAAGAAGACUAAGGUUGCUGCUGUUGUGCAAGAGUCUUCAACUUCCAGUGGAACGACGGGAGGGAGCGACCAGGCUUCAGAACCUGGACAUGGCAGCCCAACUGAGAUAGGUGAUGCAUGAAUAUCAUCGGAUCUCGUCUUGCUGCACACAGUUCCCUGCUUUCGCACCGCUAUUAUUUCUUUUUUUUUUUGUGAUCCCUGCUUUCUCGUUGUUCAGUUUCAAAU